AUGCUUGAAGGAAAAUUUGACGAAGCUAGCCUUCUUAAAAAGAUCGUCGACUCCAUUAAGGAUUGUGUCAAAUUGUGCAAUUUUAACUGCACAGAACACGGGGUAACCGUUCAAGCGGUCGACGACUCGAGAGUGUUGUUAGUCUCCCUUUUGGUUGGUCUGUCAGCAUUUUCUGAAUACAGAUGCGAUCGUGACAUCACCUUGGGCAUUGACUUGGACUCGUUUUCUAAGAUUAUCAAGUGUGGUAACAAUGAGGACUACUUGACCUUGUUGGCCGAGGAUUCUCCCGACAACGUGAUGACGAUUUUUGAAGACAAGAAGAAAGAACGUGUCUCCGAGUAUUCCUUGAAGUUGAUGGACAUUGACUCUGAAUUUUUAAGAAUUGACGAUAUGCAAUACGAUUCUGUCAUAAACAUGUCCAGCGCCGAGUUUGCAAAAGUCGUUAGAGAUUUGAAGAACCUUUCGGAGUCUCUCAACAUAACCGUGACAAAAGACUCCGUGAAAUUCAGUGCAGAAGGCGAGUCUGGCACAGGCUCUGUUGUCUUGAAGCCAUACACAGACAUGGAUCGACCAGAGGAGUCUGUGUCCGUUAACUUAGAGAAUCCCGUUGAUCUUACUUUUGGCUUGAAAUACCUCAACGAUAUCAUCAAAGCCACUGCGCUCUCUGGUACAAUCACUAUCAAAUUAGCAGAUAAAACUCCAGCUUUGUUUGAGUACAAAUUAGAUGCUGGCGGCUACUUGAGAUUUUACCUAGCACCUAAAUUUGAUGAGGAUGAUUAA